CUCCUUAAACUCUGGAUUGGAGAGGAACCAAGAAUGAAGCUCCUUUUUGUGUUUGCCCUUGCACUCUUUGUGCUCUCUACUUUUGACUAUGCUGACUCCUCAGCAUAUGACAAAAUAGUUACCCACAGCCGCAUCAGGGCAAGAAAAGAAGGACCCAAUGUGUGUGCACUUCAGCAAGUGAUGGGGACAAAGAAGAAAUACUUUAGCACUUGUCGUAAUUGGUACCACGGGUCCAUCUGUGGAAAGAAAGCGACUGUGCUGUAUGAGUGCUGUCCGGGAUACAUCAAACUUGAAGGCAUGCCAGGCUGUCCUGCAGUUGCUCCAAUUGACCACGUGUAUGGGAGUCUUGCUCUAGUGAAGGCAACCUCAACCCAAAAUUACGCGGACAUUUCUAAACUAAGACCCGAGAUUGAGGGACCAGGAUCUUUCACUUUGUUUGCUCCGAGCAACGAGGCCUGGGACCUGUUGGACGAGACAGUAAGGAAUGCACUGGUCAGCAACGUCAACAUUGAACUCUACAAUGCUCUGCACUAUCACAUGGUUAACAAACGCCUGCUGACCAAAGAUCUAAAGAACGGGAUGACCCCGACCUCCAUGUACAACGACCUGGGUCUAUACAUUAACCAUUAUUCCAAUGGGGUGGUUACUGUAAACUGCGCCAGGAUUAUCUACGGUAACCAGGUCGCAACCAAUGGAGUUGUUCAUGUCAUUGACCGUGUCAUCAGUAGUGUUGGAAGCACUAUCCAGGAUGUGAUUGAGGUUGAUGAUGACUUGACAACGCUAGCUGACGUAGCUCAGACCGCUGGACUGCUGGAAAAACUGGGUCAGCCAGGACACUACACUCUCUUUGCCCCCACCAAUGACGCCUUUGAUAAGAUUGGUGGCGAUACCAUGGAAAGGCUUUUAAGUGACAAGGAGGUCCUCAAAGCUCUUCUGAAUUUCCACCUCCUGAACUCUGUCCAGUGCUCCGAGGCCAUCAUGGCUGGAACGUCUUAUGAAACCCUCGAGGGAAACAACAUUGAAAUUGGCUGCGAUGGCGAGAGCUUAACAGUUAAUGGCAUCAAAAUGGUGCUCAAAAAGGACAUAGUCACUACCAACGGUGUUAUUCACCUUAUUGACCAAGUGCUGAUUCCAGACUCAGCUAAACAUGUAACGGAACUGAUGGGAGCUUCGCAGUCAACAUUUGGUGACAUGAUGACUGAGCUGGGCCUUUCUAGUGAGAUGAGAGCAGACGCUGAAUACACUUUGCUGGCUCCUUUAAAUGAUGCCUUUACUGAUGAAGUGAUGUCAAUGGAUCAAAGAGAGCUCAGGAUCAUCCUGGAGAACCACAUCAUAAAGAGUAAGCUUGGCCUUGGACAACUGUAUAAUGGCCAGCAGCUGGAGACCAUUGGAGGAAAAACUCUCAGGGUCUUCAUUUACCGCACGGCGGUGUGCAUUGAGAACGCCUGCCUGAUAAGAGGCAGCAAGGAAGGGAGCAACGGAGCCCUUCACCUCAUGAGGACCAUGUUGAAACCUGCAGAACAAUCGAUGUUUGAGAUUCUGACUGAAAGCGGACGUUUCAAGAUCUUUUUGUCUCUUAUGGAAGCUGCCGGCUUGACGGACCUGCUCAGACAAGAGGGAGGCUUUACACUGUUUGCCCCCAGCGAUAAGGCGUUUGCUGCUUUGACUGAAAGAGAACUGAACCUGUUGAAAGGAGACGUAAAUGCUCUCAGGACAAUCCUUCUAUAUCACUUUGGCAAUGGUAUUGCCAUUGGAGGCGGCUUGGAGGCUCGUGUGACAAAUCUUCUAAAAUCUCUCCAGGGAAGCAACCUCCAACUGAAAUCUGCAGACAAUGCCGUACAAGUGAAUUCUGUGCAGCUCCCAGAAACCGAUAAAAUGGCCACAAAUGGUGUUAUUCAUUUUAUCGACCAAAUCUUAUACCCUCAAGAUAUCCCUGUGGGGAGUCAGGAUCUCCUCAUGAUACUCAGGAAGCUCAUCAGUUACAUUCAAAUCAAGUUUGUUUCAGGAUACAGGUAUCAGGAAAUACCCCUUACAUUUAUGAAGAGGAUCAUCACACGUGUUGUCCAGCAAUCUCCUGAAAUUAAAAAAGUGACAAGGGUUAUUGAAGGGCAACCAUCCAUCACCAAGGUCACCAGAGUUAUUGAAGGGCAACCCUCCAUCACCAAGGUCACCAGGGUUAUUGAAGGGCAACCAUCCAUCACCAAAGUCACCAGGGUUGUUUCAGGCCCUCAAUAUUCUGUCAGUUCAGGCACCACAAACGUUGAAAUGGAAGGGAUUGAUCUCUCAAGAAUUACUACCUUUCAAGGGAAUGCUAAUCUUGACUCCGAGCAAAUUACCAGACUGAUCCAGACUGGCAACAGGAGGAGGGGAAGGAACUGAGGCUGGCCGGAUUAGGAUACCUUCCUGGUGAAGUUAUACAUGGACGCUGAAACUGGUGUCUUACAGAAGAUGCUGUACAUGUAAAGUGUCGGUUUCUGAAUAAAAUUGUGAGAGCACUUGCUAAGCACAAAGAACUGUCUCAUAAACUCUCAAAUCUAAUGGUGCUUUAUUUGUAUAUAGAUUGAAUCUUAAAAUUCGUUGUAAGUUAGCGGUUCAAAUUAACAUAUUUUUUUCAAGAUUUUGAAAAUGUGGAAAGUUAUGGCAGUGAGAAUCAGGUUAGUUUGUAAUAACAAAAUGAUGUUCUAACUUUUUUUUUAUGAUUUUGAUAGUAGUGAUUGUUAGAACAAAGUUGUUUUAAGAGAUGUUUUGAGAAAUAUCUCAACAUGAAAAUGGUUUUGAAAACUAUAUUUUCACACUUCAACUGCCCUAUAGUCUCUGGCUAUGAAUGGUUUAUGGUUUCCUGUGGGCGUUUUGUUGAUUCCUUGUGUCAUUUGUAAUGAUAUAGCUAAGCACAGCUAUGCUCUUUUCUAUUUUCCAAAAAUGCUACAAUAAAGUGCUUUCGUUGAGAUAA